AUGGAUUUAGCAUUCCUUGACACAAGUGAGUGGAAGAAGCCAACGAAACAGGAGGUCCGUGUAAUAGUUCAGUUCUGUGGCACAUUCCAACUGCCUGUGCUAUCCAUUCAGGAGCUUAACUUGUAUCUGGAACAGGCGGCUAAGCAGCCGGUGAAGAAAGACUUCGGCAGGACGUUCUUGAGCGACGAGACAAAGAUCACGUUCGCCAAAAACCGCAGUCACCUGUCUAUUGUGACCAGCAGGCGUCCCAUCCUAUACCAGGAGGAGCCAACUGUCCUGGCACCUACAAAGAAGCGCGCUCUUAUAGACAAAAGCGAGGCAAAAUCUAAGAAACUGAGGACAAUUUCAGGUGAAGAGCAGGGUGCCCUCAAAAAGGAACAACCUGACCUGGCGCUUCCAAAGAAGCGCGGCCGCAAAGCCAAAAGCGAGGCAAAAUCCAAGAAACUGAGGACAAUUUCAGGUGAAGAGCAGGGUGCCCUCAAAAAGGAACAGCCUGACCUGGCGCCUCCAAAGAAGCGCGGCCGCAAGGCCAAAAGCGAGGCAAAAUCCAAGAAACUGAGGACAAUUUCAGGUGAAGAGCAGGGUGCCCUCGAAAAGGAACAGCCUGACCUGGCACCUCCAAAGAAGCGCGGCCGCAAAGCCAAAAGCGAGGCAAAAUCCAUGAAACUGAGGACAACUUCAGGUGAAGAGCAGGGUGCCCUCAAAAUGGAACAGCCUGACCUGGCGCCUCCAAAGAAGCGCGGCCGCAAAGCCAAAAGCGAGGUAAAAUCCAAGAAACUGAGGACAAUUUCAGGUGAAGAGCAGGGCGCUCUCAAAAAGGAACAGCCUGACCUGGCGCCUCCAAAGAAGCGCGGCCGCAAAGCCAAAAGCGAGGCAAAAUCCAAGAAACUGAGGACAACUUGCCCUCGAUGA